GUUACGGUUUGAACAAAGAGAAGAAAAUCGAUUUCGAUGCCCUUUUUCUUUUGAAAAUUGGGUACCUACUGAAACCUUAAGUAUUCGAUAGUGAUUCGUACUUUUACUAGUGUAAUGUAAAUAGGAUUAUUGUGAUAAUAACCAAUCAUGUCGUCUCGCGGUCGAGGCUAUGGUGGGCGAGGUAGCUACAACGGGCGCGGUAGUAACUAUAGGGGUUCGUACCGUGGCAGUAGCCGUGGUGGCUAUGAGGGCAGUCGCGGCAGAGGCGGCGGGUACUCGUCCUACAACAAUGACUCAAGAUACAAUAGCAGCAGUAACAACAGAUAUUCUUCGAGCCGCGACAGAAUGGAUGAUUCCUACAAAAAACCGUAUAGAAUGGAAUCUACUAGUUAUUCAAAUCGGGACUAUGGUAGAUCUGGAUCUCCAGAACGCAAGAGGAUGAGAAUGGAGGGCUCAUCGAGUGAUAGACGUAGUCACGAUGGCGGUGGUCACUACGGUGGCUCAUAUAGCAGUAGACAAGAGAGCUAUGGCGGCGAGAGGCGGUCUUUCGCUAGUGAAGACAGAAGGCGGUCGCCGGCUCGAGAGAGCUACCGCAAGCCGAGUGGCAUGGGCCCACCGCGAGAGCCGCCGCGCAUGUCCGUGCGGCCCCGCGCACCACGUCGCUCCUUCCGCGGCCGCACCAUGCGCUCGCGCGCCUCAUUCCGCGGGGCGCCCCGCUCGCGAGGCACUUUCUCCUCGCGGCGAUACGGAGAACGAUCGCUAGGAUACACCCGAGCAUUUAGACCUGUCAUAAAAGGGAGAAGCUCAAUAAAGUCAAAAGACGAUGAAGACGAAGAUGCCUCUUCAACAGAAGAGGAUUGGGAAGCUGAUGAGAAAGAAGAAGCUGUGGAAGAUAAAAAAGAAGCGAAAAUAAAAUCCCCCAAGCCUGACGUGGAGGUCUCGGAGGGUGAGGCGGGCGAGGGCGGCGACGAUACUGACAAGGAGCCUGACGCCGCGUCCGACGCUCCGCCGUCGCAUGCCACGCCCUACGUGCAUCUCUCGUGCGUGCAUUGCAAAGAGAAAUGUCCAACAUUCUCUAGCUAUGCAAAGCACUUGCUAUCGGGCAAGCACCGCGCGGCCAUGAGUGGCGUCGCGCGGCGGCACAAGGCGCAGCUGCUGCGCAUGCGCAUCGCCCAACGCGGGGCGCAGCGCGAGCUAGAGGGCGCAGCGGGCGCUGAGCUUGCGGCGCGCACCACAUUCUGCCUGGUGUGCCGCCUCAACCACCGCACCACGCGCCACGCUCACAACCUCACUGACACACACCGCGCAAUGAAGCGCUUCCUGAUGCCCUUCUGUCGCAUCUGCCGAAUCACCUUCCGCUCGCCUAUGAUCUACGAGCAUCACAUCUGCUCCAUCGAACACCUUAAGAAGAAAGCACACCGCUCUGCCCGCCGCGCUAGCCCGAAAGCCGAAGCUGAUGCUAGUGGUGAUGAGGGUAUGGAUGUUGAUUUAGACAACUUCAUGACGCUGGACUCCGUGGGCGACGUCGAUGAAGUUGAAGACGAUGAUUCUUGUGGCGAGAAAAAAGAAGAAGCUGCUCCAAAGAAACCAAAAGUGGAAAUUAACAUUGGCAGUGAACACAUUAAGAAGAUGGAGGUGUGGUGGUGUGAGCUGUGCCGCGUGUAUUUGCCGCGCGCCGAAACGGGCAGCGCGGAAGAGGCAGAGGCGCUGCGACGCCACUGCCGCCUGCGGGCGCAUCUGGGCCGUUACGUGCAGCACCGCGACACGCGUACGCUGCGGCGCCACGCCGAGCGCAUCCACCGCCAGCUGCACCAGCAAAAAGAAGAGGAAAAAGAAGCUGCUGGCGAUGACAAUGCUGAGAGCAAAGUAAAAGUUGAGAAAACUGACCAAGUUGGUGAAAAAAAAACAUUGGAAAAUGGUGCUGAUCCAUCCAAUGUUUCAGGCAGUGAAGAUAAACUGUGGGCCGAUGUAGAUAAAGAUAUAGGAGAAUUACUCCGCGAAGUAGACCCGCAGGGCAAUGAGGCCAGCGAUGACGAAGAAGAUCUUGGAAGAUACGACAAAUUUCGUAAAAGCGACAAAAAAUCGAAAACUGGCGAUGGGGAAGAAGUAAAUCCGAAAGGAGAAGUUAAAGAGAAAAUAAAUGAGAAAUUAAUCGAUACUGAAACCAUAUCAUCUGCCUAAGAUUUCCAAUUUUUAAUUAAUUAAUACAUUAUAUUAAUUAGUGUAGUAGGUAUACAUACAUAAUACGUUUUUUGGUCAUUCUUUAGACUAUGCAAUUAUUCGACUGUAAGUAAGAAUGAUGGAUUAUGCUUAAAUAAAAUUUAAAUAAGUAUAUAAAUAUUAUAUUA